GACAUACAGUUAGCAUGCUCUUUUCUACAUAAUAUGCCACUCGUGUUUCCCUUGUUCUUCAUUACUACAUUUUCCGCCAUAGAAAAAUAUGAAUAAUCUCUCGAUCGAACAAGCGCUAUCCCCAUGAAAGUAAAGUUGAAAGCGUACACUGUCGGGUGAAAUUAUCAAGUGCAUCUGCCGCGAAGAAGCAAAGAACUGGGGGAAACAAAUUGAAAUAUUUCAGCCAGAUUAAAACAAAUCGUUUGUAUAAGGUUUUUCCCAGUGUAGUAGCGGUCAGGGUCACAUAGCGGGUGUCUUAGAGUGCCGAGUAUGCCUACUGUUCGUUCAGGAGACCGAGUUUGAAGAACUGCAAGGCCGAGAGAACUGACCAAAUAUGACACAAGCUAAACUAAUAUCAAUAUUCUUCAUAUUCCCCUACGGAAUAUUAGGAUAUGCAAGCACAGAUAUCCACUACCCUGAGACCCUACCCACCAAAGUACCAACUUUACAUGCCUUAGAACUCAGCAAUCAGAGAUCACCCAAACUGCUUCAACCAUCGCAAAAUAUUUACACAACGAAGAACUUCAUCAAAUCCAAAUUACCCCAGAACAACGGUCAGCCACAACUCUUCAACCUGGGGUACAGUGUCAGGUUCGAAAAUCAACAGAAUCAGAACCAAGAAAUAGCUUUUGAAAAGCCUCAACGCACUAAUAUUCAACAAGGGGACAUCAUCACAGGUACCAGGAAACAAAAUGUUGAAAUAGAUCUUCCAGGUAGUUCAAACGAAGAUGCUCAAUUCGGCCUCAAACAAGACAGUAAAAAAAGAAAAACUUUUGGUUCAAACGCAUCUGCGUCACAACAUUCCGAAAAUAUUAUUUUGGAAAACGCUGGACAAUCGUAUAUUUCCGCAACUACGCAGAAAAGUCUAGAGGCAUUGGGGAGAAUCAAAGAUGUAGAUUACCAACAGGAUUUAUCAGAUUUAUACCAACAAAAAUACACUUGGAGGAACUUGAGUCCCAAUGUGAAAAUCAUCAGGAGUACCGAAAUACCUAUUGAACGUAUAGAAAAUAGGGCGCUCAACUUUGACCAUGAAAAGGCUCUAUCUAAAAGUGAAGGUUUCGGAUUCUCAGAUGCUAUAAAAGAUGAGAAUUUUGAAACCAACCAUUUCGCUCAGAAGGAAAAUGCAUAUGAUCGUGUGAAAGUCAUUCCAUCUACCCCCAAACCAGAAAAAUUUCGCGUUAUUCAUGUCCAAGAGCAAAUAAAUGAACCACCUAUCAAGCAUCAAGUAUUGGCCAAUCCUGAUUUGUACACUUUAAAUACAAACACAGAACAUGAGAAUAUUUUUCAGAAGCUUAAUCAAGAACCACAGAUCCAACAACAAAUCAAAACAGUAAAAAUUUCGCCAACUACCAUUUUACAAGCUGUAGAUGGAACACCUCUAAAGUCAAAGAUUCAAUCUGAACUGAUAAAGCCUCAAAUACCCAAACAAGCUUAUAUACAGCACAUUGUAGUGCCUCAAAUACAGUUUGAAUCAACACCGAAAUAUCGUAACAAGCAGAAAUUUGUUAAACACAUCGCAGGAACUAGAGGUAAUGUUAUAUACGCAAGGAAAGUUCCUGCAAGUCUUGAUUACACGAGAAAAGCGAAAAUCAGGCCAGAACUAAGAAGAGAGUUUAAACCACCACCUCUUGGAUCUCGAAUCUAAUAAUGUAUUGUAUUGAAUUCGCGAUUAAUUUAUUUAUAUUUUUGUAAUGAAAUGUUAUGACUGCUGAUUGAUGUCUUUAAACGUAAGUUAUAGGUACACGUUGAAAAAUGUUUUGGUUUCAAUUUCUCUAACAUACCAGCUGUUGUAUGUUGUAUGAAAGUUAAUAAUCAAAUUUAUUCAAAAUAAUUUAUGUGCAAUAUGAAUAGAGUUUAAGUUGUUAUGUGAACAUCGUACAAUAUCAAAUAUUUUAUUUAAAUAAUAAAUACAAACGACUGCUACGAAUAUUAUAAUUAUCAUACCAAAAACAUAAUGAUACAGUUAUCAUGGAACUGAAAUAAUUGAUAAAAAUAAAAGAAAAAUAUUAUUUAUAUGGUAUCAGCUGACAAAUAUUUAUGAAAGUAGCAUGUUAU